AUGAAUCUCUAUACACCUUCUAAUGGAUUAUUUGGCACUCAUGUUACUUGGGAAGAUAUAGAGGAGGAUAUGCAACGAGAGUUAGAUACGGUCGCCUCAUUUGGGCCAAAUAAAACCGUAAAAAAUGUGGGAGAUGGCAGAGUAAGUUUGUGCACUUUUAGCUUUUUAGUGAAUUCUGAACAACGAAAAUUGCCUAAGGGUUUUAUGUCGCGGAUUGCUCUCGUUGAACCUGAUUGGCAGCACAAAGAUAAGCAGCUCCCUGAAAAAUUCAUAGUCAAAGAAAUGUCUGAGCUAAAUAACGUCAAUAACUUUUUCGACAAUGAUGAAUUCAAAAUGGCACUGGAGAUCCAGCAGAAACAGUUUAUGAAAGUAACAGAUGAUGUAGUACGAAUGAUUUCUUUAGUCACUAAGAACACAGGUAUCCAUAACACCGAAGUCAAUGUGUACAAACACCUACUACAACUUCCUCAAGGCAAAUUUCCUAUGACGAAGUUUACAGAUAAACCUUUCAAGGAACUAUUUGCUCCGAUGUUCACAAAAGAUGUAAGUGCUUCACUGCGAAAAGUAGUUAUUGUGAGAUUGGAAGAAAUGGAAAAAGUGGUUAAGGAUAUUCUCGACUUUACUGAAGUGGAUCAAUUAGCCGAUAAAUUAGGUAAGUACCUCAACGACUAA